CGCUGUCCAAGACAUCGUCCAUCGUUCGCAACACUGGGAGGAAAAACGGUACUCCACGCCCGUGUCGGCAUACCGCGCCGCCAGUGUGCGUGUGCCCGUGUGCUCGUGGCGUGCUUCGCCUUUUUCGCAACCGCCAAACGGUGCGGCACGGUGCGCGGUAGGGCGAGAGCGCUGCUAGUGUCAUCGCGCGCGCUACUAUUUCUGCUACUCGACGCAUCGACUUCAUUCUAUUCUCGGACACGUCACGGCGGAGAUCACGGUGAUCGAAGACCGCGCGAUAGAGAGCGUCCGAGGCGACAGCAGUGGCGAACCCGUGCUGGCCGAGUCAGUGUCAGUCCAUCCUCCGCACACACAUAAUCAUCCGAAACACGUAGAAGGCUGGCAGCAUGCGAAAUCCGUUUACAGUGCGUGACGGUGGACGUACGCACGUGCCGCGUACCGCCGCGACGCUAAUGCAGCUGACCGCUACCGCACUGCUGCUCGUCUGGCUGGGCCAGACCGCGACCGCAUUCAACCUGGACACGAUCAACUUCAUCCUGAAGGAGGGCGAUCCUUCGUCGAUGUUUGGCUUCAGUGUAGCGCUGCAUCGGGAGCAGAACAACAGCUGGGUCAUUGUGGGCGCACCGACCGCCAACACAUCGCAGCCGGGCGUGAUUAAGGGCGGUGCCGUGUAUCGCUGCGACAUUUACGACGACUACCGGUGCUAUCUGUUGCCGUUCGACACGAAAGGAAACACCUACAACGAUCAAAACGAGCAGAUAGACACGAAAUCGAACCAGUGGUUCGGUGCGACAGUUGCCAGUGCCGGUAUCGAUGGCCCGCUGGUGGCAUGUGCGCCCCGGUAUGUGUUCCACCAGCUGCAACCGCGGAAGGCGGAGCGUGUCGAACCCGUCGGCACCUGCUAUCUGGCGAAAAAUAAUAUGCAGAACUUCGAGGACAUAUCGCCCUGUCGAACAGCCUACUGGGGCUACCAUCGGCAGGGAUCCUGUCAGGCGGGCUUCAGUGCCGCCAUUACGAACGACGGUUCGCGUCUGUUUAUCGGUGCACCAGGCAGCUACUACUGGCAGGGACAAAUGUAUUCCAUUAACACCGACGUUGUGUUUCCCUAUAAACCCCCGCGGUAUGGUCAUUUUGGCGAAGGAGGCCAGAUCUAUUCGUUCAGCCUGAACAACCCGAAGGACAAGGUGUACAAGACGCUCGAGGACACGAAGAAGGAGGACGACAGCUACCUCGGCUACUCGUCGACGACCGGCGACUUCAACGGGGACGGCACGCAGGGCGUGGCGGUGGGCAAGCCGCGCGGCGCCCGCCUCCUCGGCAAGGUGCUGAUCUACUCCUGGAACAUGACGAACCAGCAGAACAUUACCGGCGAGCAGAUCGGCGCGUACUUCGGCUACUCGCUUGCCGCGGUCGACGUGGACGGCGACAAGCUGGACGAUCUGAUCAUCGGCGCCCCGAUGUACACUGAGCCGAACAACGAGGGCAAGUACGAGACGGGCCGCGUGUACAUCAUGUACCAGGGUGCGGCGCCUGACGGCCGGUUCCGCGAGCUGGACACGCGCGACGGCGUCAAUAGUAAGGCCCGGUUCGGCCUGGCCGUCUGCUCGCUGGCCGAUCUCAACCUGGACGGGUACGGGGACUUUGCCGUCGGCGCACCGUACGAUGGGCCGAACGGGCGCGGCGCAGUGUACAUCUUCUACGGCUCCCGGACGGGUCCGCUCGCCAAGGCGUCGCAGGUCAUCCAGGCGGAGGACAUGGCGGGCGUGACGCGCCUCUCCACGUUCGGCUUCUCGCUGUCCGGCGGCAUCGAUCUCGACGGCAACCAGUACCCGGACAUGGUGGUCGGCGCGUACGAGUCGGACAAGGCACUCGUGUUCAAGGCCCGGCCGGUCGCCGCCAUGGUCGCGAGCACCCUGUUCGAGCCGAAGAGCAAGCUGAUCGCGCUGGACGUGAAGAACUGUGCGCUGAAGCGCACGAACAAGAGCGUCCCGUGCACCGUGGUCAACUCCUGCCUGAAGUACAACGGCAUCAACGUGCCGCCGAUGCUCGACAUCGAGAUAUCGUGGACGCUGGACGCGCGGAAAGCGCGCAACCCGCGCAUGUUCUUCCUCGACCACGAGGGCAACCACACGCGGACGCAGCUGAUGCGGCUGGCCCGCGGCAAGCUGGAGUGCAUCGAGGACAAGGUGUACGUGGCGGACAACAUCCGCGACAAGAUUACGCCACUGGAGGUGGAGAUGGCGUACGGGCUGCGGCAGAACGUGCUGGGGCGGCAGCGACGGCCCCGGGCCCACACCGAGCCCGUGCUCGACCAGAACCGCGGCACGGUCCAGCGGGACGCGAUCAACAUCCAGAAGAACUGCGGCCCGGACAACGUGUGCGUGCCGGAUCUGCGCAUGGAGGUCAAGUCGGUGGACGACUAUCUGCUCGGCUCGAACAAUCUGCUCUCGGUGGAGGUGCUGAUCACGAAUCGGGGCGAGGAUGCGUUCGAGGCCGGCUUCUACAUGGCGGUGCCGAAUGGGCUCGACUUCCGCCGGGUCGAUCGGCUGGGCGAGGUGAAGGACGUGCCGGUGCUGUGUACCGCACCGUCGGCUGCCACGAACAAAACGCUCAAGUGCGACAUCGGCAACCCACUGUCCAGCGGGAAGGUGGUCCACUUCAAGGUGAUACUGGCGCCGUCCUUCUCCGCCGGCAUGGGCUCCAGCUACGACUUCUAUCUCGAGACGAACUCGACGAACGCGGAGCUGGACGGCAACCGGCAGGACAAUGUGAUGCGCAAAACCAUCGGCAUCCUGGUGCAGACCGAUCUGGCGAUGUCGGGCGUGUCGCUGCCGGACCAGUUCCACUACAACCACAGCGAGUACAAGUCGCUCGCGGAGGCGAAGACGGAGCGCGACAUCGGGCCGCAGGUCGUGCACAUCUACGAGAUCCGGAACGAGGGCCCGUCCACGAUCGACGAGGCGGAGUUCUUCGUGCUGUGGCCGUACGAAACAGUGGACGGAGUGCCGCUGAUGUAUCUGCUGAAUCAGCCCGAGACGCACGGCAACAUCGAGUGUCUGCCGACGGAGUACGCGAACCCGCUCAACCUGGCGAUCGAUAGUGCGCUGGCACGGAAGAGCUUCCUCGACAAGGUCGGCGUGUCGAGCGCGAGCUACUCGUCGUCGAUGGGCCGCACGGCCAAGUUUAACAGUGCAGCCGGCUCGGGGACGGUCGGUGCGGAGGGUGCAUCGUCCAUUUCCUUCCUCUCUACCACGGGUUCUUCGAGUGCGGGUCGUGGUGUUGGCGGCAGUAGUAGCAGUAGUGCUGCCGGCAGUAGCAGCUCUGGCAGCAGGACCAGCAGCAGUAGCAGCAGUAGCAGCAGUAGCAGCAGUAGCAGCAGUAGCAGCAGCAGUUUCAGCAGUAGCUCUGGCAGUGGGAGCUCAGGAAGCAGUGGAGCAGGAGUGAGCGAGUCGAGGUACUCCUCUAACGUGCGUGGAUCGACUGCAGCGGGUGCGGAAGGUGCCAACUACAAUCGCGUAGCUGGAGGAGGCUCUGAGCGGCGCUAUCAAACCGAGAGCAGUGAUACGAGCGCUUCCGGCCGGAUGCGAGGCGAAUAUGGUCAGAUGCAGGGUGAGGCGUACUCCAGACAGGGCUACGCCCAGCAGGGAUCUCAUGGAGAGGGCUACAGACAGCAGCAGCAGCACUACGACGGAGGAGUGCGCGUUGACGCCGGUGGUUACGGUGCUGCCGGAGGUGCCGGAGGCUCUGGCUUUGGAGGAGGUUCUUCGAGCAGCAGUAGCAGCAGGAAUAGUACCUCCUCUGUCGUGUACUAUACGUCCAAGAACCGCACGACCUACCGGGAUGAGGACGGCCGGGUGCAUGUGUCCGAGAGCAGCGAGUAUCACCGUCACGACUCGGAUCUGGGCGGUGGUCAGGCGCUUGGCGGCGGCACCAGCUCAAGCGCUGCCACAGGUUCGUCCACCCGCCGGCGCAUGAUGAGCCAGCAGGAUGGUGAGGCACCACCACGCACCGGUCUCAUCACCGAGUUUAUGCAUCUGGGUGACUACACCGGGUCCGGUGGAGCCGCGGGAUCUGCCGCCAGUCUAAACGAUCUAAACCGUCUCGAGAACAAGUUCCGCACCGAGUACUCCCAGCAACAGCAGCAGCAGCAGCAGGUUGGUGGCGGCUCCUCCACCGCGUACCACGGCGCUUCAUCCUCGGGAUCGUCCUCGUCCGGUCGGCAGAGCAGCACGCACUACACGAGCAGCCGGGAGCAGCACCACGUGGAGUCGGCCACGUUCGCGAGCAACGCGUACCACGGCGUGGCCAACGAUCUGGAGCAGGACGAGCACGAGGAGGACGACUACGAUUCGUACGAUCGCAGCGAGGAGCUGGACAGCUACGCCGAUCCGGACCUGGCGGCGGGCCACCGGCGCACCUACCCGCCGGGCUACGGACUGCCCCACCUCAAGCACCAGCACCUCAACCAGGGGCACGAGAAUGUGGAGCAAAAGUUCCGCUACUACCAGCGGUUCGAUCGGCAGCGCCGCCAGGCGCCGGGCCACCGGGAUGAGUCGGACCGCGCGCUGGAGGAGGCGCUCCGCUGCCACGCCACCCGCUGCGCCAUCAUCCACUGCAAGGCGGGACCGAUCGGCAACAGUGACGUGGCGUUCGUCGCCCUGCGCACCCGGGCCGUCGCGCACACGCUGCACCAGCUGUCCUCGUCCGCGCCGCUCCACUUCUCCACCAUGAACGUGGCGCGCGUCCUGAAGCUGCCGUACAUCGGCGAACCGAAGGACAAACCGAUCAAGACGCACGAGAUCAAGGUGCUGGCCGAGCCGGAACCGACGAUCAAGCCGGAGGUGGUGCCGCUCUGGAUCGUGGUGCUGGCGGCCUGUGCCGGUGCGCUCAUCCUGCUGCUGAUCAUCUACGGGCUGGCCAAGAGUGGCUUCUUCGAGCGCAAGCGCCCAACGGACGCGUCCGAGCGGCAGCCACUGAACCGAAACGGUAACUAUCAUGGCGACGAGCAUCUAUGAGCACAAACACCCACACACACACACACAAAACGUUUGUGUCCCGGCCGCCCGCAACAGGGAAUUUCAAACCUGCAAUACUCUGAAACGUCUUUUUUUUUCGCCAUUCUCUCUGUCCGUUCUUAUGUUGCAGCGUAAGGUGCAAGGGAUCAGUGGCAGACCCCACCUCACACGUGCAUCUACCCUGCCUACCCCUCCCCCUCCCCCUCCUUCAAUCAGGUGUGGGUUGAUGGGGGCGACUGUUGCAAGGCAAGAUGUGUGCAUGCGCGAAAGCGAACAAUUUGAAACAAAACUUCGAACAAAGCAAAGCAAGGGCAGCGCGAAAGCGCAUGUGACGCAUGUUUUCUGUUUAUUGACAACACUUAAUCAACUAGUCAACCGUUUUUGCUCGUAGUGCGCGUGCACCAAAAAGUCGCAUGCGAAAAACAACACAAAAACGCAUCAAAAUCUCAUUAACAUCAUCAGCUGAUUUGUAUUAUUUCUGUACUAGCUUGUUUUACCUGUUUGUUUUAAUUAGUGGUUUUGUGUUUAUUUUCCCCAUUUUACCUUUCUAACGUUUUUGCGACCCCUGCAACAGUGGGGAGAUGUGUUGCAGGUCGAUACACUAAACUGGCUAAUUAGCGCAAUAGCAUCUCUUCCCUCCCCUCCGGGCUGGGCUGAGUGCGCUAGUGAGCAUUACUAGCAGUAAUAGCAAUAGUAGUCGUAGUAGUAGUAUUAGUAGUAGCAAUAAUUGUAGUUGUAAAAGCGAAUGGUGAGCUACUAAGCGCGCAAAAAUGCAAAAAAAAAACAGAUGUGGACGGGUUUCGGCGCAAAUACUACCUUUUCGCGCAUCACGCGUUCUACUCAUCCGUACUAACACCGAUUAACAUCUCAUUAUUCGCGUUCAUUGUGCGUACGUUUGUUUGUAUGUGUGUGUGUGUGUGUGUGUGUACGUGAGUGUGUGUAUGUGUGUGUGUGUGUGUGUGUGUGUGUGUGUGUGUGUGUGUGUGUGUGUGUGUGUGUGUGCAGUAGCGAAGACUGACAGAGUAUCCGAUCCGAUCGGGCAGAGCUGUGAACUCGCCGACGGAUACGUGCGCUAAGCAGCCAAGUAAAGCGGCGAUUGGAGGUACCGUGAGGGUUGAAAAAGAAGUAUUGGUUUUAUGGUAGUACACAGUCAAACACAAGCUUAAACCCUUUUACUCCUUGUGCACCAGACAACCGGCAAAUUGUGUUUGCAUAACAUUUACUUUCGAUCCUGUUUUUGCGAAUGGCAAUAAAAAGUCAUUCGAAUAGUUCAAUUUGAAGGCAAACCCAUAUACACCCAUUGGCAAAUUCAAAUUGCCGAUCAUGUUUGGGGCACAAAACGGUUUCGAUUCAGCCUGUGUUUGGGAGAAUGGUGCCAAACCCAAAACCGAAAGCUUCAUUUUCACCUUCGCGGGCAUCGCUUUUCCCCCGCGACCUUUAAGAAGGAGAGCAACUGAGUGUAACAGUAUAAACCACGUGCCUUAUGUGAACUACGGGCAGCUCGUAUGCAACGACCCCCCUACUUCCCCUCCCCCACCCUCUGCCCCAAACUAUCUCAUUAGCCGAUCACAAUCGGGUCGGAAUUAUUACGGACGGGAUCGGUGGACAGCAGAUAAUAACGAUAAAGAGAACGAUAGGGAAACAGAGUAAGAGAGAGAGAGAGAAAGAGAGAGAAAGAGAGUAAGAGAGAAAGAGAGAGAGCACAAAUUUUAAAUAAUCGUUUUCGUAGCCUAAUCAAUUGUUGAGACACGAGACCUCAUCGUAUCGUUAUUAAACUGAUAUUAAUUUUAACUCACUUAAACGAUGCUGCCAUUGUGGCCAUAAAGUAAUAACACCGUUCUGAAAUAACCUUAGUAAGUUAUUAAUCGCAGCUAGUAAAAAAAAAAGAAUAGAAAAACAAAUAAACAACAAAUUAAAAAAAAAACGAGAACAUGCAGAGGUAAACUAUUUUAGAAGUGAGACGAAGAAGACGAAGAGAAGAAAAGUCCGGAACAGGGGCUAACCGUUUCCCGUGCCUUUGUUGUGCCUUCAAGAUGAAAACAAAGCCUUUAACAAACGGACGAAAGGUGUAAUGUUUUACCCUGUCGCGUGUAAUCUCAACCGCAAGCGUUCUCAGAUUAAUUGUACAAUGUUUUGUUAUAUAUAAUAAUAAAAUGAGGAAAAAAUAAAUAAUAUUAAUGCGACUUAA